AGAUCAGAGUAUAUGUUUAAAGCAUCUUCAUAAACUAUUACAAGCCUUAUCUUGUAACAAACAUUCAUAUCGAGAAAAUGGGUGGUAUUGAGGGAUCACCAGGAAGCUCGAUGCAUGGAGUCACUGGCAGGGAGCCUGUUCUGGCUUUCUCAGUGGCUUCACCGAUUGUACCAACUGAUCCAACAGCGAAAUUUGAUUUGCCUGUUGAUUCAGAACACAAGGCCAAAGUGUUCAAGCUGUUUUCCUUUGCCAAUCCUCACAUGAGGACUUUUCAUCUUUCUUGGAUUUCCUUUUUUACCUGUUUUGUUUCCACAUUUGCGGCUGCUCCACUAGUCCCAAUCAUUCGCGACAAUCUUAAUUUGACAAAAGGGGAUGUUGGCAAUGCUGGAGUGGCUUCAGUGUCUGGGAGCAUAUUCUCCAGGCUUGUAAUGGGAGCAGUUUGUGAUCUGUUGGGGCCGCGAUAUGGCUGUGCAUUUGUCAUCAUGCUUACAGCCCCAACUGUGUUCUGCAUGUCAUUUGUGGCAGACGCCAGUGGCUACAUAGCGGUCAGGUUUAUGAUUGGGUUCUCCCUCGCGACAUUUGUGACAUGUCAGUAUUGGAUGAGCACCAUGUUCAAUGGUAAGAUUAUAGGAACUGUAAAUGGCACUGCAGCCGGAUGGGGGAACAUGGGAGGAGGAGCCACUCAGCUGAUCAUGCCUCUUCUUUACGACCUAAUCCAACGUUUUGGAGCUACUCCAUUCACUGCCUGGAGGAUUGCCUUUUUUAUCCCUGGUUGGCUUCACGUGAUCAUGGGGAUCUUGGUGUUAACACUUGGUCAAGACUUGCCUGAUGGCAACCUUGGCGCUUUACAGAAGAAGGGUGAUGUAUCCAAAGAUAAAUUCUCCAAGGUGUUCUGGUAUGCUGUCACCAACUACAGAACAUGGAUAUUUGUUCUUUUGUAUGGAUACUCUAUGGGUGUGGAAUUGUCUACUGACAAUGUCAUCGCUGAAUACUUCUUCGACAGAUUUGAUCUGAAGCUCCAAACAGCUGGGAUAAUCGCGGCUACAUUUGGCAUGGCUAAUCUCCUGGCUCGCCCAUUUGGUGGAUAUGCUUCGGAUGUUGCUGCUCGAAGGUUUGGCAUGAGGGGUAGGCUUUGGACUCUUUGGAUCCUACAAACACUAGGAGGCGUAUUCUGCAUUCUCCUUGGCCGCUCUAAUUCACUUCCAAUUGCUGUAACAAUGAUGAUUAUCUUUUCUGUGGGAGCACAAGCUGCAUGUGGAGCCACUUUUGGCAUCAUUCCUUUCAUUUCACGUCGAUCAUUAGGUAUUAUAUCCGGCAUGACUGGUGCGGGAGGGAACUUUGGUUCUGGAUUGACACAGCUUCUGUUCUUUACAAGCUCACAGAUAUCGACAGCAAUGGGCUUAACAUACAUGGGAAUUAUGAUUGUAGCAUGCACCAUGCCUGUGACAUUGGUUCACUUUCCUCAAUGGGGUAGCAUGUUUCUACCACCUUCAAGAGACGUUGUUAAAGGUAGUGAAGAACAUUACUACGUUUCUGAGUGGACUGAAGAUGAGAAGCAGCAGGGUAUGCAUCAGGGGAGUGUUAAAUUUGCAGAGAACAGCAGGUCAGAGCGCGGCCGUCGUGUGGCCUCUGCACCAACACCUCCCUAUGCUACCCCCAACCAUGCUUGAUGGCACAUGGGCAAAGCAACAACACGAAAUUUUAGUGAGCUGGAAGUAAAAAAAUUUGAUUUAUAGUUCAAUUUAGCAAUCAUGACCCUGUAACAGUAGAGGUCGGACUUGUUGGAAAAAAGGAUCUCACUCAAAUUCACACAACUCAGAUAUUCAAAUAUUCACAGGAGAAGAGGAUUUUAUAUAAAAAGUAUUGCUUGAAAUUUACUUUAUUACAAAUGAUUUUAUGCAAGACCAUA